AUGUUCUACUUCCACUGCCCCCCGCAGCUAGAGGGCGCUGCCCCCUUCGGAGGUCACUCCGCUGGCGACUUCGACGACGGGUUCCUGCGAAGGAAGCAGCGCCGCAACCGCACCACCUUCACCUUGCAGCAGCUCGAGGCCCUGGAAGCCGUUUUUGCUCAAACCCACUACCCUGAUGUGUUCACUAGGGAAGAGCUGGCUCUGAAAAUCAACCUCACGGAGGCCAGGGUGCAGGUCUGGUUCCAAAAUAGAAGGGCUAAAUGGAGAAAAACAGAGAGGGGUGCUUCUGACCAAGAGGGCUCUAAGGAAACCAUGGCUGAGGUGGCACCUCCUGUGAGGAAUUUAAAUUCCCCUUCUCCAACAGAUCAAACCAGGAAUAAAAAAGAGGGUCUGGAGAUCCAGCAGAGCCUGAGCCGAGCAGUGGGUCCUACAGGACCUUUCUUCCCUUCCUGCCUGCCGGGGACUCUUCUCAACACAGCCACCUAUGCACAAGCUUUAUCCCAUGUCGCCUCUCUAAAAGGGAGCCCGCUGUGCUCGUGCUGCGUUCCAGACCCCAUGGGCCUCUCCUUCCUGCCCACCUACGGCUGCCAAAGCAACCGCACCGCCAGCGUGGCCGCGCUGCGCAUGAAGGCGCGCGAGCACUCGGAGGCUGUGCUCCAGUCUGCCAACCUCCUGCCCGCUGCCAGCAGCAGCCCCACGCCUCCCGCCAAACCCGGCCCCGAGGGCAGCCAGGACAAGCAGCCCUCUCCAGCCAAGGAGCACAUGGAAGGCGAGAAGAGCGUAUGAGACCGGAGUGGUGCUGGCCCCUCGGCUCAGGGCAGUGACCUGCCGCCGCGCCCUGCCAUGGGGUGAACUG